CUAUAACGAAAAUAUGGCGUCAGCUACCAGAGGCUCCUCAUGCAGUUUGAGAUGGAGGCCAACAUCAAAUGGCAUGCUAGAGGAUACAGAAAAGAAAAUACUACAAUGUUUAAGCAGCAAGUAUGAAUCAAAGUUUGUGAAUCUUCCGACUAAAAAGUAUAACAUCUGGACACUAAUGGUGAACCCUGAUUGUACCGAUACUGUGCCACUGGUUCUGCUUCAUGGUAUGGGAGGGGGCAUUGGGCUAUGGAUCCUCAACUUGGAUGAACUAGCAGAAGAUAGAACUGUCUAUGCCAUAGACGUUCUUGGAUUUGGAAGAAGUUCACGUCCUGGAUUCAGCAGAAAUGCAGGCAGAGCUGAGUCAAAAUUUGUGGAAUCAAUUGAAGAGUGGAGAAAGCAAAUGGAACUGGAGGAAUUCAUUUUGCUUGGUCAUAGUUUAGGAGGAUUUAUAAGUACUUCCUACACCAUCAAGUAUCCAGACUGUGUCCGUCAUCUUAUUCUAGCAGAUCCCUGGGGAUUCCCUGACAAGUCAGAAGUACGUGAGAUUCCCAUGAAGUAUCGUGUCAUAGCAACAAUUGCAAAGCCCUUCAAUCCCCUUGCCAUCAUGAGGGUGGCAGGACCAUGGGGGCCUGAUCUGAUUAAACGAUUCAGAGGAGAUCUCCAUGAGAAGUUCUUAGGGAAGCUACAGGAUGAUACAAUAUAUGACUACAUAUAUCACUGUAAUGCCAGGGCCCCGAGUGGGGAGUCCGCAUUUCGGGCCAUGAGUGACAAAUUAGGCCGAGCUACCAACCCCAUGGUGGAGAGAAUACAGCAAGUCCAGAAUGACAUUCCCAUCACUAUGAUUCACGGUGAAAACUCUUGGAUCAAGAGAGAUGCAUCUUACCAGGUCAAGGAGCUCCGAAAGGAGAGCAGUGUCGAUAUCAAGGUGAUCAGUGAUGCGGGACACCAUGUGUAUGCCGAUGAAUGGGACGUUUUCAAUCAAACCGUGCAGAAAGUAUGCAGAAGGGUGAAACAUAGUCAACUUCAGGAUAAUUCAGGAAAUAUGUCAGGAUCUGCUAAACGACUACAACAAACUUCUGGACAGGAACGACGUGUGGAAGUGAUCGUAGAGAGUAAUCUAUAAUGAAGAUUUAGAUUAAUAUUUAAACUCUUGUCAAACGUAUUCGCCCCGGUUGCCAUGCUUCAUUUAAUUUAUUCUUGUUUUUAUUAACGUAUUAUGAUUAUCAUUCUUUAUAAGUUAUAAGAAGAUCUGAGUUUAACUGAUGUAUACUGAAGUCUGGUGUCAGAAGAUCUGAGUUUAAUUGUUGUUGUAUCCCGAAGUUGGUAUCAAAAUAUCUCAACUGUUGUACCGAAGUCUGGUAUCAAAAUAUCUUGAUGUAACUGUUGUUCCCUGAGGUGUGUUAUAAAAAUAUUUUGAUUUAACUGGUUUUGUGCCCUGAAGUCUGGUAUCAGAGGAACCAAUUAAACUGGUCGAUUAACUGUUGUACCCAGAAGUCUGGUCGAUUAACUGUUGUACCCAGAAGUCCAGUCGAUUAGCUGUUGUACCCAGAAGUCUGGUCGAUUAACUGUUGUACCCAGAAGUCUGGUCGAUUAGCUGUUGUACCCAGAAGUCUGGUCGAUUAACUGUUGUACCCAGAAGUCUGGUCGAUUAACUGUUGUACCCAGAAGUCCGGUCGAUUAGCUGUUGUACCCAGAAGUGUGGUAUUGGGGUUUAAAUCUUUUUUAUACCAGAAGUCAGGUAUCGGAAAACAGUUUCCAAUCCCUAUGUUUUUUACAUUCAUAUCAAAGGACAUUUACAGCAAAUUUUAUCAAAUAUUAUGACUGUGAUACCUAUUGUCAUACCUUGGUUUAUAAUAAUAUCUUUAUAUCAGUAUGUCUUUUGAAGAAUUACUGGCAUUGUUGGUUUAUAUCUCUGUAAUUCUAGAAUAAUAGAAAGUUGUAGAAAUGUUCCAACGCUUUUAACAUGACAAUAGAAAGUUGUAGAAAUGUUCCAACACUUUUAACAUGACAAUAGAAAGUUGUAGAAAUGUUCCAACACUUUUAACAUGACAGUUUUUGAUAUUUAUUUAAAACAUUGAAAGUAUGUUGACCUUAUUUAGUUUUAAUCGUUUGUGUCUUUUUAGAGAUGAUCAGAUAUGUUGGCUGUGUGGAUAAUAUUAUAUGUUAUUGUUUUACAUUAAUGGAUCAGAGUUGCUCAAACCUGUUAUCACAUGAUACAAGCCUGGUAUCUGCAUUUGUUUAUCAUAGAUCUAUAACCAUUUAAAAGUGACACAUUGUAAAUGACAUACAUAUUAUUUCUGAACAUUCACAUUUCAAUUUCUUCACCAUUUCUUUAAGUCUGCUUUGGUAUCACCUCACCUGGUGUCUAUGAUAGUAUAUUUCAUUAACAAACCGGUGAUGUUUUUACUGUCAUUGCCUGUACCCACAGAUGAUCGAGGCUAGUCCCUGCUGUUUAUUGUAACACUUACAUGCUUGCUAUUACUCAAGAUAUGUUUAUUGAAUAAUGAUAUGUAUUUUAUGUUGGUCAAGUCCUCAAUUUGAAAUAUUUGCACUUCAUGUAUAAAGUACAUUUUUACAUUAAGAACAAAAAGACAAUCACGGAGCUUCAAUUGUGCACAGGGUUGAUAUAAGGUACUAUUUACAGAGUGAUGAUGAUUAGAUGAUUAGAACAGUUAGGGGGUUACAUGUGCAAUGAUGACAUGAAGGGGGGCAGUAUAGCAGGAUUAUGACACGGUACCGUUAUACAGUAUAGGAGGGUUAUGACACGGUACGGUUAUACAGUAUAGGAGGAUUAUGACACGGUACCGUUAUACAGUAUAGGAGGAUUAUGACACAGUACGGUUAUACCGUAUAGGAGGAUUAUGACACGGUACCGUUAUACAGUAUAGGAGGAUUAUGACACAGUACCGUUAUACAGUAUAGGAGUAUUAUGACACAGUACGGUUAUACAGUAUAGGAGGAUUAUGACACGGUACCGUUAUACAGUAUAGGAGGGAUUAUGACACGGUACCGUUAUACAGUAUAGGAGGAUUAUGACACGGUACCGUUAUACAGUAUAGGAGGAUUAUGACACAGUACCGUUAUACCGUAUAGGAGGAUUAUGACACGGUACCGUUAUACAGUAUAGGAGGAUUAUGACACAGUACCGUUAUACAGUAUAGGAGGGUUAUGACACGGUACCGUUAUAUAGUAUAGGAGGAUUAUGACACGUACGGUUAUACCGUAUAGGAGGAUUAUGACACGGUACCGUUAUACAGUAUAGGAGGAUUAUGACACGGUACCGUUAUACAGUAUAGGAGUAUUAUGACACGGUACCGUUAUACAGUAUAGGAGGAUUAUGACACGGUACCGUUAUACAGUAUAGGAGGAUUAUGACACGGUACCGUUAUACCGUAUAGGAGGAUUAUGACACGGUACCGUUAUACAGUAUAGGAGGAUUAUGUCACAGUACAGUUAUACAGUAUAGGAGGAUUAUGACACGGUACCGUUAUACAGUAUAGGAGGAUUAUGACACAGUACCGUUAUACAGUAUAGGAGGAUUAUGACACGGUACCGUUAUACAGUAUAGGAGGGUUAUGACACGGUACCGUUAUAUAGUAUAGGAGGAUUAUGACACAGUACCGUUAUACAGUAUAGGAGGAUUAUGACACGGUACCGUUAUACAGUAUAGGAGGAUUAUGACACAGUACCGUUAUACCGUAUAGGAGGAUUAUGACACGGUACCGUUAUACAGUAUAGGAGGAUUAUGUCACAGUACAGUUAUACAGUAUAAGAGGAUUAUGACACAGUACCGUUAUACAGUAUAGGAGGAUUAUGACACAGUACCGUUAUACAGUAUAGGAGGAUUAUGACACAGUACCGUUAUACAGUAUAGGAGGAUUAUGACAAAGUACCGUUAUACAGUAUAGGAGGAUUAUGACACAGUACCGUUAUACAGUGGUAAUCCAAGGUUACAAGAUGUAGUUCACUUGUCCUACUUCAUGGAAUGUGUCAAAUGCACUUGGUUAUGUUUUAUUGGUACACUUAUUUCAAUAUAAGAUGAUAUUAUUGAUUUGUGUAUCAUUCAUUUUCAAAUUUACAUUGAUCAACUGAAAUCUUUAAAUAUUUAUGUUGUAUAUUUUUAAAUAAAGUGAAUAACGUUA